AUGGCUGAAGAGUCGUACGAGUUCAUUGACAAUGGAGUCAAGAUGUACUUGGUCCUCGAUAAGAUUAGCGAGCGCUUUUCAGAUCCCUGCGUCGCAGUCGAGAGACAUAAGCAAGGGAGCCAUCAUAUGACGUAUAUUGUCACUUUAGAAAGUGGAAUCAAGCGACUCGUUAGAGUCAGUUAUCCGUUUCUCCGAGAUUACGGUUCUGGUAUUGUGCCGCCGUCGAAAAUGAAAUCUGAGGUCGCAACCAUGAAGUAUGUCCGAGAGCACACCCGUAUCCCAGUUCCAGAAGUCCUGCAUUACGACGGAGAUGAAGAUGGAAGCGUAGGCGCUGAGUGGAUGGUCUUGGAAUUCAUCAACGGUUUAUCCCUUUACCACCUAUGGCCCGACAUGUCUUGCGACUCGCGUCGCGCAGUCGCCCAUUCUCUCGCGAACGUUUUCCAUCAACUCCUCGCUCUCAGAUUCAACAACAUUGGCAGUCUUCAAGAAAACGAGGGGGGAGAGAUUUCCGUCGGUCCAAUGACCUUCAUGCCCUCCAACAACACUCAUCAUACUGCUCCCCCCGAUUCCACCAAGUGUGGCCCCUUCGUGUCUAUUAAGCAGUGGAUCCUAGCUCUUGCCACUGGCGACCUGGAUUUCGAGACUUCCGACACUGACACGUCAGAGGGCUCUGAACGCAGGGCUGCUGUCGUACAAGACAUCCAGGCUACCACCGUAUUCGACGAUGAGUCUCUGCAGGACUUCUGUGCUAUUGCCUUGGAGCACGUCGACCUCAAGCUUAACAAUAUCCUGGUGGACCCCAACGAUCACACCGCCAUCGUCGGCGUCAUUGACUGGGAAGGUGCAAGGACUGUGCCCCUCUUCGCUAUCCAACCUCGGUGGUACCUCGGUAUCCAACACGCUACUUCGGACGAGAAAAACGAGAUGCAAGUCUAUACUCGUGCGGCUGUGCGAUCCCUCGACCCGGUCUGGUUUGCCGCUACGGAUGACCAGGGGCGUAGCCUGAGAGAGGUGUUACACCGUGCUAUGUACAGUCGGUGGGACCCCGUUGUGUUCAGCUUCGAAGGUACGGAUGUGUACCAGCGCGGUAUACCGCCAGCUGGUACGGAUCCAUGA